AUGGAAUUUAGCACCCAACAAGCAUGGAUUGAUCUCAGAGAUAAUUGGCCAAAAGUUGGGUGGAACAAAGUUGUUUGUUUUACUCAAAUGGUCCCUAAGCAUGCUUUUAUUUUAUGGCUUGCUAUUCAGGGGAGGUUGUUGACACAAGAUAAAAUAGAGAAAUGGCAGCAAGAUUGUAACCUCAAAUGUCCAUUCUGUCAAGAGGGUGCUGACAGUCAUGAACAUCUUUUCUUCCAGUGCCAUUAUUCAAAGAAAAUCUGGGAGCAUAUGAGGGGAAUGACUCAAAUGGUGAAUAUUGGAACUAGAAUGGAGGAUAGUGUACAGGAGAUUGGUGAUAAAAAUGUGCAGAAUAAUAUUAGUGUGAUUAUUAGUAAACUUGUUCUGGCUGCUUCAGUUUAUAAUAUUUGGAGGGAAAGGAAUUUAAGGAUUUUCAAGAAGGAAAAAAGGAAUGAAGAGGAGCUGUGCAGAAUUAUAAAGGAUAAUGUCAGAUUUAAGUUGUUUGCUUUAAAAGUGAAAAUGUCUAAAAGAGUGAUGGAAAUGGCUGCAAUUUGGAAUCUCAGGUGGAGUAACAAUUCAUUGUAUGCAAGUUAA